AUUUGGUUUGAGUGGUACGCAAAAACACCACGUAUGUGGGACGUGUGUGCGGAUCGGCAGAAAAAAUCAGCGUACAAGCAUACCGUGAACUACAUGAAGCUCUUCUUACCAAACGGCUUCGCGCUGGACCCGUCGGCCUCUGACUACACCGACCAAGUUGUUCGUACCGGAAUUGAGACCGAAGCCGGGAUGUACAGAUUUUUCGAAGCGCACGGAGUCAAGAGCAAACGUGGAUCAGCUGUACUGAAG